AAUUAUUGUAAAGUGCUUUGGAUAAAAGUACUAUAUUUAAAAAAAAAACCUUCAGAAUUAACGUGUUUUUGUUCUACAAAUAAAAGCACACAACUCAUAUUUUAAUAUCAGUAGUCUUAACUUUCUAGUGCGAUGGAUGUGCCUUUUCUCCCCUGCCACGGCAGCCCCGGAGCUGGGGCUGGGAAGGAGGGGGAGGUCUCACCCUCUCCCCCACCACAGCAGCCCCUGAGCUGGGGCUGGGAAGGAGAGAGGUCUCACCCUUCGUUUUGUUGUGGGUGGCCGCCCAGGCACGCACCUUAGAGGGAACUAUCAUGGACCACCUGAAUGGAGCUUGCGGACCACAGUUUGAUAACCUCUGCUAUAGAGCAUUACGUCAGUGCAGUUGCACCAGGCUGUGUCGCAGGCCUGAACACGUCCAGCUUCAGCCAUUGGAUCUCAUGCUGCCUUUGUCAACUGGAUUAACGAGCUGCCUACUCUCAGAGAUCUCCUCCCCUUGGAGCUGCUGACGGCUGGGAUCAAAUCACCACUUAAUCUUGGAUUAAAUAGAUUGAGCUUCCUUCGGGCUUGUCUGCACUUGGAAACUUACUGAAAUCCUGAUUCUGGAAUAGCGACUUUGGUGUAAAUCCCUAUGUGGACACUCGUAUUCUGGAAUAAGAGUGGAUUAAGCUGUAUUGGAAUAAGGCAUUGUAUUUUGGAAUAAAAGUGUUGAUGCGGAGACUUAUAUUCAAAUAACAACACCAGAAUAGCUACUUCGGGUUGCCUGGGAACGCAGGGCCAGAGCACUGAGGGCUCACCAUGGCUAAGCUGCAGGGGCUUCAGGCUGACUACAUCUUCCGCGGCACGGAGCACGUUGUGAGGAUGACCGUGAGCGGGAGCGUCCUGGAGGUGGAAGUGGAGGACCGGCUCACCACCGAUCAGUGGAGAGGAGAGUUUGAUGCUGCCUUUAUUGAAGAUUUAACUCACAAGACGGGGAACUUCAAGCAAUUUGGGAUCUUCUGCAGCAUGCUGGAGUCUGCCCUGAGCCAGAGCAGCGAGUCGGUCACCUUGGACCUCCUCACCUACACUGACCUGGAGGCGCUGAGGAGCCGGAAGAUUGGGUUGGGCCCAAGGCACACGCCCUCUGCCUCCAAGUCCUCACUGCUGAGUUCCAAGCGCUACCUCAUCCUCAUCUACUCCGUCGAGUUUGACAGGAUCCACUACCCCCUCCCGCUGCCCUACGUGGGCAAGCCAGACCCGGUAGCGCUGCAGAAGGUCAUCAGGGAGCUGAAGGAGGAGCUGGCCGUGCUGAAGGCCAAACCAGGCAGGGAUUUCCGGGAUGCGGAGAUCCGCCGGCUGCGGGAUGAGCUGGCCCAGGUGCUGGAGGAGAAGCAAGAGGUGGAGUCAGCCCUGCUCGGGCUGCAGGAGGAGCUGAAACUGUGCAGCAAGAGCAGCGCCGGGAAAGAGGUGAAGAUCCUGAAAAAGAUUGUGCAGAGCCUGGAGGAGGAGCUGCUGAAGGAGCGAAGCAAACACCAGCGAGCAGCCAGCAAGCGCCUGCAGGAGAACCGGCAGCUGGCUGACGAGCUGGCAGAGGUGAAAGCAUCGGAGAGGAGCCUCCGUGUCCGAGUGAAGAGUCUGACCAAUGAGCUGGCCUUAUACAAGAAAGGGCGCUUGACCCCCACCGGCCCAUCCCCUCAGAACCGAUCGGCGUCCUCCCGUGGCUUCAGUCACGCUGCCCCAGGCCGGAGCAGCGCUGCGGCCAUGGCCCGACAGGAGCGGUGCUCCACCUCCGGGGAGCGCUCCAACUCCCGGGAGCGUGGCAGGACCUGGCCGGUGAACCGUCCACGCUCCACGUCCAGAGAAGGGCGCGGCGGGAGCCAGACCCGCCUCCCUCGCCAGUCACCAUCACCCACAGGCACCCGGCCGCCACGCUUUGACCCCACAGCCUUUGUGAAGGCCAAAGAGCGGAAGCAGAAGGAGGCUGAACUGAAAAACCAGCGACGGGUCCGGCGGGGCGCGGGUGAUGCACCGCCAGGCAGCUGGGGCUGCUCCAACUCCCGGGGCCUGGCAGCCUUCAAUGGAGACAGCCUGGGCAGGAGUCGCGGACGCAGCUCGUCGGUGGAGAGCUUCCGCAGCCGGCGCUCUUCAGCAAGCUCAGGCAGCGAGGCGGAUGAUUACUCCGAGCCAGUACCCCUAAGGGGCAGGCGGCGAGCACCCAGAGGUAGGAAGCCCUUGAGUUCCUCCUCCUGGAACGGCCCCAGCGGGGCCCCUCGAGUGGAUGCCGGGCGCAGGAAACGCCUGGCCAGCACCCCCACCGCGACCAAGCGAGCGGAUAAAGAGAACCUGUACGAUGAGCCGUCGGCCGACCUGUCCGAGAUCGACGCCCGGCUGCAGGCGCUGCAGGAGUACAUGAACAACCUGGACACCAGGACGUAGCCAGUGGAGUCUGGGAGCGGGAGGGCAGGCACGUGGCCGAGGCUCAGAGCCCUCCCUGCUGCUCCCAUGGGGCCGAGCCAGGACUUCUCUCUCCCACAGGGACCCUUUGCCCUGCUGUCUCUGGGCUCUGCUCCAGGCUGGACAAGAGAAGAUUAGCAAGGUGGAUCUUUGGGAGAGGGGGCUCAGGAUUUUAGUCCCCUCUCCCCCCCCAGCUUGUUCCCAUCAUAAAUCCCCACCCCCACAGGCUGGACAGAAGGCAGGUGGCUUUGUAGUUGUACCCAAGUAGCCCAGGAGCAAAGGAUCAUGGGACAUUUCCUCCUGGGAGUGACUCCCUUCACAUUGGUGGCAGCUAGGGGGCGCCUGCCCCACUGUGGCUUGUGGAUUUCUGACCCCUUGGGGAAGGGGGGGAGGCCACUGUGGAGUGGAGGGUCCUAUGGAGAACUCUGAGCUCAACAGGCUGAUGGGACCAUCUUCCACCCCUCUCCCCCCCCGCCCCCGUUUAGCUCCGUUUUAGCAGCCUGAUGCUGCAGCCUUAGCAGGAGCCGUGGCAUUGAAGGAGACAGGCAGCAGGGCAAUGGAGGUGUUUUACCCCCUGGGCCGGCCUUGGCCUCUCAAUGCUGACAGCGCCGAGCUGGGAUAAGAGGAUCCUCCGGGCCUCUUUGACCUGCCCUUGGGCUGCUGGAAUCCCUGGGUGGAUCCCAGCCCUUCACAGCUGCAGCCUCAGCCUUGGAGCCUGACCACCCCCCACGGGCAGCUUCCCGGCUGUUCCAGCCUCAGAGCAGAGCCCCCAGGAGGCUGGAGUCCUGCAAUCAGUGGGGGGAAAAGGGGGCAGCCUCUUAACAUGGAGGCCAAGCCAGCUCGAGACGGGGGCAGCACUUACCUGCUUCUGGGCUACCCCAGAAGCUGUGGCCCGGUCUGAUCUUGCCAAGCCCUCGCCCUGCACCGGCUGCUCCCAGCUAACCACGUCCCACCGAGGCAGCCGAGAGGGGAGACGCCUUGCAGCCAGUUUGCCUGCCUAGGCGGGCAGGCUGCCCUGCGCUCAGGCCCCUGGUCAGAGCACCCAGGAGAGACACAGCAGGGAAAGGCACGAGCCUCCGGCUCUUUGAGCGGGUCGUCCCUGGAGGCAGUGAAACGUGCAAGCUGUUCAGUCUCUGGCCGUUCCAGUGGCUUGAACUGCUUUUAAUGCUGGUGCGUGAAAUCUCCCGCGUCUCAGCGGCUGGGGGAGUGUCCCUUGUGCUCCCCCUCAUCUGGGUUCAUGGCAGCACACGGGGCUUCGGGAGACCUUUGGCCGUUGGUCCCUCAGCUGCUCUAAACCCCCAGCCUGUUGAUGGGCCUGGAGGAGCCUCAGCCCGGCUCAGCACUGGGCAUUCAGCUGUUAGAGCUAAAAGCCCCAUGCCCAGAGUCUGCCUCAGCAGCCCUGUCUGCUAUGGGAUCUGGUCCCUUCGCUCCAAGGUCAAGCCAGUAGCUGCAUCCACAGUUAAUCUAGCCAUGCUGGCCCCUGAGCGGUAUCUGGUUCCUUUCAGUGUCCCAGUGGGCGGCAGGUGUUUGUGCUGUGAUCCUGUGUGUGCCCCAUCCCCACACGUGCUGUUGCUCUGUUGUGUUGUGUGAUGAUCCCUAUUGUAAAUAAACAUUUCUAACUUCCUGCCGGCUGCCGAUCCCCUCCCAUGCCUCUGCUCCACCCUGUGCCAGCGAUAAUGGGGAUGGAACUUGGCUCAUGCCACCAAAGCCCUGUCCCUUGAGCCAAAGCAGAAUCGCCUUCAGCUGGGAACAGUAGAGGGGAUAUGACACACAGAAAGCUAGUUCGUGUUCCGCUGAAGCAUCUGCAGAGAAUGUGAGGGCUAGUGAAAGUUAAAGGCCUGGAGCCCAAAGCACAGUGAGCCUUCAGCCUGUCUCAGCCUGUCCUGUGGGGGUGUGAAUCAGCCCCCCAGGGCUGUGGUUUUGUGACAGGGGUGCAGGCUUUGAACGACCAUUCUCUUGCGUGGCUCCAUGUUACUGAGAAACCUCCCGCCUAGCGAGACACCAAAGAGGCUUGAUCUAUUUAGUUUAGCCAAGGGAAGGGUUGGAGGUGACUUGGUUUCCCAGUUUGUCUGCACUCUAUGGGGAGGAGAUUUCUGAGAGUAGACGGCUCCUCAACCCAGUGGACAAAGGCAAAAUGGGAUCCAAUGAUGGGAGCUGUCAUAAGACAAAUUCAGAGGGGAAAUCUUUAAUAACAAGGGUGAUUAACCAUUGGAGCAAUUCCUCCAGGGGGAGAGGGAAUUUCUCCAUCACUUGGAUUCUCUCCAUCGUGACUGAACGUCUGAAGCUCUGCCCUAGCUCGACCACCAGCUAUGGGCUGGCUGCUGGAAUGGCUAAGUUGGGGUUCUCCGGCCUGGGGUCUGCAGGAGCUCAGACUGGGUGAUCACCGGGUUUCUUUCUGACCGGAGUCUAUGUCCUCCUAUAUUUCAGAUACCACAAAGCAGCAGCGGCUAGAGAUGGCCAGGCUGAGCUGGGCCGGGAUUGAGAAGGCAGCGGGGUGGGGCUGCAGCCUCGCUGGUGAAUGUAGGGUAGCCUUGUCCUUCCCUGGGUGCAUUAACACCACACUCCCGGCUAGACACACGCAGCCUGACCCAUCCCAGCGACCUCUCCUGGGUGCCAGCGGAGUGGGGGUGAUCCGCUUCUGAGGCGCUGCAGUGACUGGCUUUAGUACUUUGCCCUCUAGGCUCUUCCCUCAGGGUGGGCUUCACCCUCUGCCCAGCGCAUCCCUGAGACGGCCACUUCUCUAGGAUCUGCAUGGCUUCCCUCCUGUAUUAGCUGCCGCCAGUGGAGGCAGCUGCUAACAGCUUGGCUUUGUUGCUGGAGAGCAGGAAGAGAUGUGGUUAGAAUCAGGAGAGAAGAGUCCCACAGGCCAUGCUCUCAGCUCUGGGCGGGAAACAGGUCUGUGCUGGGGAAAUGUGCGAGGUUUCAGAAAUGUUUCCCUGUCUCAAAUCAGGAAGAGAAGUCGACGUUUUGGAAAAUGUUGCCAAAUAAAAAAUUCCGUUCAGGUUAA